AUGCAGCGCCGGGACGACCCCGCCGCGCGCAUGAGCCGGUCCUCAGGCCGCAGCGGCUCCAUGGACCCCUCCGGUGCCCACCCCUCGGUGCGUCAGGCGCCGUCUCGGCAGCCACCGCUGCCUCACCGAUCCCGGGGAGGCGGAGGGGGAUCCCGGGGGGGCGCCCGGGCCUCGCCCGCCACGCAGCCACCACCGCUGCUGCCGCCCUCGGCCACCGGUCCCGACGCGACAGUGGGCGGUCCAGCGCCGACCCCGCUGCUGCCCCCCUCAGCCACUGCCUCCGUCAAGAUGGAGCCGGAGAACAAGUACCUGCCCGAACUCAUGGCCGAGAAGGAUUCGCUCGACCCGUCCUUCACUCACGCCAUGCAGCUACUGACGGCAGAAAUUGAGAAGAUUCAGAAAGGAGAUUCAAAAAAGGACGAUGAGGAGAAUUACUUGGAUUUAUUUUCUCACAAGAACAUGAAGCUGAAGGAGCGGGUACUGAUACCUGUCAAGCAGUAUCCCAAGUUCAAUUUUGUGGGGAAGAUCCUUGGACCACAAGGAAAUACAAUCAAAAGACUGCAAGAAGAGACAGGUGCCAAGAUCUCUGUUCUGGGCAAGGGCUCAAUGAGAGACAAAGCCAAGGAGGAAGAGCUGCGCAAAGGUGGAGAUCCCAAAUAUGCCCACUUGAAUAUGGAUCUGCAUGUCUUCAUUGAAGUCUUUGGACCCCCAUGUGAGGCUUAUGCUCUUAUGGCCCAUGCUAUGGAGGAAGUCAAGAAGUUCCUAGUACCAGAUAUGAUGGAUGAUAUCUGCCAGGAGCAGUUUCUAGAGCUCUCCUACUUGAACGGAGUACCGGAGCCCUCUCGCGGACGUGGGGUGCCAGUGAGAGGCCGAGGAGCGGCACCUCCUCCUCCACCUGUUCCCAGGGGCCGUGGUGUUGGACCACCUCGGGGGGCUCUGGUGCGUGGUACACCAGUGAGAGGAGCCAUCACCAGAGGUGCCACCGUGACUCGAGGAGUGCCACCUCCACCUACAGUGAGGGGUGCGCCAGCACCAAGAGCGCGGACAGCAGGCAUCCAGAGAAUACCUUUGCCUCCACCCCCUGCACCAGAAACAUAUGAAGAAUAUGGAUAUGAUGAUACAUAUGCAGAACAGAGUUAUGAAGGCUACGAAGGCUAUUACAGCCAGAGCCAAGGGGAUUCAGAAUAUUAUGACUAUGGACAUGGGGAGGUUCAAGAUUCUUAUGAAGCUUAUGGCCAAGACGACUGGAAUGGGACCAGGCCGUCGCUGAAGGCCCCUCCAGCUAGGCCAGUGAAGGGAGCAUACAGAGAGCACCCAUAUGGACGUUAUUAAAAACACACAUGAGGGGAAAAUAUCAGUUAUGAGCAAAGUUGUUACUGAUUUCUUGUAUCUCCCAGGAUUCCUGUUGCUUUACCCACAACAGACAAGUGAUUGAAAACUCCUGAGGCAUUUCCUGGAGUAGAAUGGGUAGUGAAGACCCAUGUCAGCGAUCAGAGGACUCCGGAAACCAAGAG